AUGGUAGUUCUUUGCGUAGUUUGAGUGAUUCCUUAACACUGGAUUGAGUUAACCGAUUCUUGUAGGUUGGUUGUGUGUACUAGCGUUGAUGUAUGUAGACACGAAAUGUUUUUAUUUUUCUUAUUGAUGGUGAUUGGUUUUACUCUCGUAUGAUUAAUUAUGUUCUUGCUUUUGAGAUGAAUUUGUUUGUUUAAUGUAUAUUAGGGGGAUAUUGCUGACAAGGGAAGUUUAACAGUCUAAUGCUAAUAUAACUAAUUCAGCAGUUCCUAGAAGAUUUUUCUUUUGCUUAAUGUAAGGAUAAAAAUAUAUUGAUUCUGGAAAUUAGUGUAGUUAGAAUUUUAAGUGAUAUGUAAUUUGUAAAUAUCAGACCAUGAAUUUCAAGUAAAAAAGAUAAAUUUUAAAGAUCCCAGUCGCAAUCUUACAGGAAGGCAGAGUCAUUGCAGAGUCAAGAGAACUGUAAAGAAAAUAUAAGCUGGUCGUCACUAGUUACAUCAAUCGACACUUAGCCUAAUAGCAAUGACGAUACAACACGAACCUCUAUUCACCACUGCUGCUUGCAAGCAUGCCUGGUUGACCUUUAUAGCACAGUGGAUGGAUUGGAGUGAUGCUGUCCGAGCAUACAUCUUGGAAGGCAUGGUGCACCUUGCCUGGUUUCGCAUUAAGGAGAAGAUCGCCAAGAAAGUCUGCCAGAUUAUCAGGCAGAAGAUUGGUGUGAACGUCCCACCCUCCAUCCACGAUUUGGAGGUAGUCCAUCACAGUCCACAUUAUAUUAUCAUCAAUAAAAGAUAUGACAUUCUCAUCAAUAGCAACUCGGCAGCUGAUGAGGUGACUGUACAGACACAGCUCAGGCGCAGAUUCCCAGAUCUCGUCAACCCUAAGCUUGGACAUGAGUUCAUGUUUGCACACAGGCUCGAUUUUGCAACCAGUGGGCUCAUGUGCAUCUCGGUCCACAAGAAGGCUGCUGGAUCUGUGACCAGGUGUUUUGUUCACAAGCGGGUUGAUAAAUAUUAUUUGGCACUCGUACGUGGACAUGUAUCGAAGGAGAUGCUCGAUAUUUACCUCCCUAUAGGGGAUGACCUUCGACCAGAAUGGAAAGAUGUGAAGAUGGCGACUCCUCUCAGUCGCCACGUUGGUCGCUGCAAACCAGCCCACACUCGCCUCCUGGUGUUGCAGAAGGGCCUUUAUGAUGAUUAUCCCGCCACAAAGCUCCUUCUGAAGCCCAUCACUGGCAGACGGCACCAGCUCAGGGUCCACUUAUCUGAGUCAGGGCACACUAUAGUGGGAGAUUUCACGUACUCCAACCGUCGUGAUCUUUCUCCUUAUAGGAUGUUCCUGCAUGCAGUACGCCUGGCCUUUCCCUCCGAGUACGAGCAAGUAGAUGUUCGCACCAUUGACCCUUUCACAGAGGAUGAUAGGAAGAACAAGUGGAUCCCAGUGGAAACUCUGAAUGAACUCACCGAUGACACGUACUUAAAGCUCAAAAUGGGAAAGAAGUGGUAUAAGAGAUGAUGUGCUUUAAGUGCUGUAAAUGUCUGUUUUUCUUCUUUCUUUUUUUUUGCGUGAAUGGUAUUCUAUUUAUAUCUUUUCGAGAGAAAACAAGAAAAAAAAAUAUUUAUGAUAAAAAUAUUUUGUAUGUAUUUGGUGGUGCUGUAAUAAAUCAAGGUCUCCAUCAUAUCAAGUAUUAGAGAUUGAGCUGUGAAACAAAUUUUAUACAUGUACAUAUUUGCUGUAUGUAUAUAAAAUCAAUCCUAAUGAGUCAAAUGUGAUAAAAAAAAACGACUUCCACUGUUGUGUUGUAAUCCAAACAACGAGACAAUCAACUUGAAUCAAAUAGUUCAGUAGUUGUUGUGAUGCAUAAAAAUGAAUGAAUAAGUGUGAAUUAAAAGGUUGUGAUACACUGUAGGAAUUUCAUGAAAGUAAAGGAAAAAAACAAACAAGAA